AAAGAAAUAGUCAAGAACUAUUUGUUGCGUGUAAAAGCUCAAAUUUCACUAGUAACCGACAUACAAUAUGCGCUAAUAUACAGUAAAUCGUCGAUAUGUAUUACGUAAGAAUUUAUAACAGGCAAAUCUUCGACGUCUAAUUAACACUCAAACAACCAGAUUUGAGUGUAUAAUCAAAAAUGCAAAAUAAUAUUAUUUUAUGCAGCGGCACCCGUUUAACCAGCACGGCUACAGACAAAAGGUAGCAAUGUGCAAUAUAUAUUAGCCUACUUGUCCUGUUUUCAUUAAAAUUUGACUUAUACUCUUUUGUCCGGCCAUCGGAGUAUCCUCGCGUUUUAUGAAGCCAGUAGGUGUCCUAAUACCUACGAACAGUAGGUAGGCCGAAUGUAUCAGCAGAAUGAAGAAACGAGGCGUCGAAUCACCAUACCGAUCGCGUAGAGGGGCGAAUGGAACGAGGCAAUGUGGAAAGAGAGGGUUGAGAAGGCGACCGGGGGUUGGGCUGGCAACCCCCGUAGUCGGACGAGGCGCAAGGUAUAAAAUCAGACGUCGGAUACCUGGGGGCAUUCAGUGUCGAGCGAGAUACCGUGCUCUGCUCAGUAUCGCUUCAUCGGAUUCUGAUCACCGUGUGACCGAACGAUCGCCAUCGCAAUGAGAAAUCACCUAUUUGUAUUCCUGGCCGUUCUAAUAUUUUCCACCUCUUUCAACCUCUCCCAAUGUGGGCAAGGUCGGCGGUUGCAGUCUACCAAAGAGGGAGAGAAGUUAAAGUUGAAUGACAGGCGAGCUUCUGGUCUGAUGGCAUAUCCGAGGAUCGGUCGAUCCGACGUGCCGAUUCCUAACCUAAAUUUCAACCGUCGCCACGCCAACGAACCAGACACAGAUUUCCAAUUUUACAGCCCCGAGUUUGACUCCGUCUCCGACAAAGAUUACGAAGACGUUCGCAAUACAGCUCCCGGAUCCCUUGGGAGAUCGAUGAACCUUAAACACGCAGACAAAUUUCCAAAGGAAGCAUCAUGGUUGAUUUCAGAUCGUAUCCGUUCACCCAAAGAUUAUCAACUUUGGCAAAAGAUCGACGAUGGAAGAUUCGUUUAUCCCGGCUCGUUGCUACUCACUCAAGAUUCUCGAAACAUUCAACCGAAUGGUUACACGCCAAGACUUGGUCGUGAAAGGGACGUCGAUCGAACUGUCUGCAAAUGAUCUUCGAGGAUCUUCAGCUGCGACUCCAUGGAACUCACGCGAUUUGACCUAACCUAUCUCUAGCCGGUAACCAGCUACCCUCAACGAUGCCAGACCUAACCUUCCUUUAAUAUUACCAGAAGGUUUUACAAACAACAAAACUACGAGUCGAUUCUGCGUGUAACACACAACUGCGAGAAAUAUUGUUCGUAGAGAAUUUAUAGAAGAUUGUUCUACAUGUAAAGUGGUCCAUAGAAUUUUCGCUGACACACGAACGGGUAAUAAAGCUGGUGAAACGAU